AUGAACGUUAUUCCGGGUCCCUGCAUUUGGGUCACGGCCGAACCAUUCCGGACGAGUCGGCUCGAUAGCAAAAGUGCCUUGCAGCAUGUAGCUCGCUGCACCUCUGGCACCAGAGGCACAGCGCUAGCGUACACAGUGCUACAGAAAUUAAGAAGAAUACCUGCCGAUAUGGUGCUGAGAUUGCAGUGGAUUCCCUCACAUAUAGGAUUAAGAGGUAAUGACGAGGUUGACAAGUUAGCCAAAGCUGCCUGCACGAGAGGGGCGGAGGUAUAUGUUACUCCAGAGUUUACAGAAAAACUACAUAUAUACAGUAGAAAAACACGAUGUACCUGGAAGGAACAUUUUGACGAACGUUGCAAGGAGAAAGGUGUGUGGUACAAAACUAUGCAAUGUGAACCUCCUCAUAUACCUUGGUUCGCAAAAGCAGAUUUAAGUAGGAAAUUAAUUAAGAUAGCUUUAAGGUUAUGUUCUGGACACAUUCCGCUUAACAAGUUUGCUUACUUGAUGAAAAAAGAACCAUCGCCAAACUGUGAGGCCUGCAAUAAAAUAGAAGACGUUCAGCAUGUUUUGACGGAAUGUGUACGUAAUGAAGGCGAAAGAUUAGCUCUGUUUUGCUUACUCAGUCUGAAUAGGUUGGAUAUGGGUGGAUUCCAGUGUAUUUUGGCAGAGCCUUCGUCAGUUGAGGCCAAACAAAUUUAUUUAUUUGUGUUAGACUAUUUAAGUAGAUAUAAGACUAUAACAUAAAUAUUGACUGUAAUAUUGAUUAAGGUACGAUGGGGCUGACAUAAUCAUUAAGGAUUGUAAGUCCCUAAAUAAUAAAAGAAUAAAAAAAAAAAAAAAAUUAAU